CAGGACAGAACGACACGUCGGCUGUGUCCAGUUUUUGUGGUACACUGAACCAAAAUGGUCUUUAAUUGAAUACACUGCAGUGCUAUUGGGACUGUAUUAUUGUUCCGUGUGUUAGUUCAGUCGCCACCUCGCUGUUUGUCGCUCCUAACAGCCUAAAUGGAGAAAGACAAAGGUCUUGUCUUGGCCACAGAGAGAUAUGGCAGUGCAGAGUCCUGGAAGUAUUUUGUAAAGGAUGGAGCGAUGGAGAGGACAAGAGAUGGGAGUGAAGGUGAAUCAAGAGGAAACUCUAUUGUCGGAGUGUUUAAAAGCGUCUUUCUGCCUCAAGGAUAUCCUGAGAGUGUCAGUAACGACUACCUGCAAUACCAGUUUUGGGAUACUGUGCAGGCUUUCUCCAGCUCUCUGUCAGGGACUUUAGCCACUCAGGCCUCUCUCAAAGGUGUCGGUGUUGGAAACCACGAGGCCACAGUAGCUGGAGCCACAAUCACCUGGCUGCUGAGAGAUGGAACUGGCAUGUUGGGAAGAAUCCUCUUUGCCUGGCAGAAAGGGAGUAAACUGGACUCUGAGGCCAAAAAAUGGAGACUUUUUGCUGAUGUUCUCAAUGACCUCGCCAUGUUCAUGGAAAUAUUGGCUCCAUACUUUCCUGCUUGCUUCACCCUGAUUGUAUGUACUGCAGGAAUAUUUAAGUCCAUUGUUGGAGUGGCAGGCGGUGCGACCAGAGCUGCUCUGACUGUUCAUCAGGCUCGCAGAGACAACAUGGCUGACAUCUCGGCCAAAGAUGGCAGUCAGGAGACUUUAGUGAAUCUGGCUGGACUGCUGGUCAGUUUGGUACUCAUUCCCCUCGUCACUGAUAAUCCAAUACUGACUCUCAGCCUCUUCUUCCUCUUCACCACCCUCCACCUCUUUGCCAACUACAAGGCUGUGCGUUCAGUUGUCAUGGAAACCUUCAACGAGGCGCGGCUCUCGAUCGUACUGCAGCAGUACCUGAAAGACAGACAGAUCCUGAAUCCACUAGAGGCCAAUCAGAGAGAACCAGUUUUCCUGGAGUUUAGGAAAGCUGUGCCAAUCAAACUUGGAGUGAGACUACAGGAGGUUGUACAAAGCCCAGAAGAACUUCAUUUGGCUUUGAAGAAAAACAACAUGCCUUUCCUAUUAGGAGUAAAAAAUGGCUGCGUGUGUGUUUGUUUGGGACCAGAAGCAUCAGUACACGAUGAAAUCAGAGUGAUGUGCCAAGCUGUGUGGCUCAGCAGGAAGUUAAGCCAUCUAACUGAUGGAGAUCCUCAUGCACAACAACAGCAAAGUCACUGGGAAUUGGUGCAUGAGAGUCACAAGUUGAUGGACACAAUUUUCAAUCCAUUUCUCAAAGGUGUGGAAGCUGCAGGAUGGGACAUGAAACGAACUCUACUGGACUGGGAUGAGUGGAGGGUCGAGUGGAAAACAAAAAGCAACUGAGCUGAAAGACAUCUGCAGCCAUUCGCAUAGUUUAUAUCACAUUUAUUAAUGUUAUUCCAACAUUGAUACUUUAAGUAUCCCCAGUUUGAUUCAUUCUGUAUUCAGAUGUCAAUGGGUUUGAUAUAAGCAGAGUAAAAAACAUCUAUAUUUGUAUGGGAAUAUUUUUAUUUUUACAGGUAUAUUAAAAUUCAAAGCUGAGGGAUCAGUGAGCAAAUGUUAUUUACUCAACAUUCUUUCAUUGUAUUCAUUUUUUGGCUAUUGCAUUUCCUGGUGUACAAGUUUGAAUACAAAUAAAACAUGACUGACUC